AUGCUUCGUGGUCACGGAAAAUCGCUUGCGGACUACGAUUUGCCACUACCGGACGUCACAUUGCUAGAAGAAGACCCGGACGAUGACAUAUUUGGUGCUAUAGACUCGGCGGUGAGCUGGGCCGUACAAUUGGACAAUUUGAACGACGAACAACGGACAGUGUUCAAUCGUGUGAUGGCGGCAGUAGACAACAACAGAAACGUAUCAAAACUUUUCUACAUUGACGGUCCCGGAGGAACAGGUAAAACAACACUAUACGGGUGCCUCAUUUGGUCGCUUCGCAACCAAGGGCGAUCCGUGUUGUCCGUGGCUUUUACAGGAUUAGCAGCGUCGCCCAUGGACGGCUGCAUGACAGUGCACUCGACGUUUGGAUUGCCGUUCGGUACACUGAACGACGAUUCGACGUCGACCAUCACCUUGCAGUCGUUGCGUGCUCAGAGGAUACGUGACGCAGCACUCAUCGUCUUUGACGAAGCGCCCAUGUCUCCGGGACUACAACUCACAGUGGUCAAUAGGUUGCUCCAGGACAUCAUGGGUUCAGAAUUGCCGUUCGGCGGUAAACCGGUACUGUUCGCCGGCGACUUCAGGCAGAUUCUACCUGUCGUGCGCAGGGGAACAAGGAGUGACAUCGUCAGGUCGUUUGACGCGGAACAUGCGCGCCGAUGA